UCGCAUCAAACUCGAAGCCAGACGACAUUGGGGCCAAGACGGCAGUCGCGAGUCGCGAGUCUCACGCAGCGUGUAGUCAGUUUGCAGGCCGACACUGUAGCGAUCGGACGUGUGUUUCUGCGCGCAAGACGUAUUGUGCUAUCUCGUCCCAAGUAAUUGGACGAUUAGCAAGGGGCUGACACUAACACGUAGCUCCUUGUCACCUGCUCGCCAACAGUUCAAGUUCAUCGUGUUCACCGCUAAGCAAGAUCGGUCCGUUGGUUUCGCGUUCUUUGUCCGAGAUUUACGUACAUUCACGCUUUCACGCGAAAACACGAUCAGUGCUCUCGUUAGUUUCUCGACGUGUGCCUUUGUUUCUCCUUUCCAUCGGCGAAAGAGAAGGAAAUUAAACGAUAUACUGGAUUUUGCCACAUCGUAGACACGCUACGAACACAUUUUGGUUCUCUCCGUAUUUUUUAGUACUCUGCAUCUCCGUUUUGUGUGAUAUAAAUAUACGACACGAUUACCGUCCACUCUCGAGGGAUUCGCUUGGAUUUACCCGUGGAAGAGGGAAAACGGUUCGAUCGCAAGCCGCGAUAGCAGACGUUAUUAUGACGGUGAUUCUCGUUACGUUGGUUCGACGAACGGGAUACUUUACGCUCAGCCAGUGACUAUCUCGGUGUUUCGCGGAUAAACUUUACACGUUCGACCGUUUAUCAAUCGACGAGUGCAGCGCACCGUCUGUUUUCAUUGAUCUAGAGGAGGCAAAGUGGAUCGCUGUACUGUCGUUCGAUCGUGCUCGUCAGAAUCUUUCAAAAUUGAUGUACUAAGAAGACAAAUUAUGGUGGCAGAAAUUGUCGCCCGCCAGAGUGGAUCGCCUAUCAAUGGUGAGACCGCGUGUUUGAACAGCAAUAUGCCGGCCACCCACACAAUGGCGCACGCCGGUCACGGUAUUCAUGGUGGACACGAUGCCCAUGGACCGUUGCCUCCGUUGACGCAUCCGGCACACCAUGGUGCUCCAUUGACUCUGCAACAGCAACAGCAACAUCAGCAUCAACCGCAGCACCAGCCACCGCCGCCGCAGCAGCAGCAACCUCCGCAACAUCAUCACCAUCAUCAGCCGCAGCAGCAACAGACGCAGCAGCAGCAGCCGCCGCACCAUCACCACGACGCCCAACAGGUGACACACCCAGAAAAUUUCCCUCCGAACUUCGACAUCAGAAAAGAGCUAUUUUCCCAGCGCAAGCAACGGGAGUUCAUUCCGGACAACAAGAAGGACGACAGCUACUGGGACCGCAGGAGACGCAACAACGAGGCAGCCAAACGGUCCCGAGAGAAAAGGCGUUUCAACGACAUGGUACUCGAGCAACGAGUCAUGGAGCUGAGCAAGGAAAACCACAUCCUGAAGGCGCAACUCGAGGCGAUCAGGGAUAAGUUCGGUAUAUGCGGUGAGUCUGUGAUCAGCACGGAACACGUGCUCGCGGCUCUACCCGCUGACCCGCCCAUCGUCAAAAGGGCGAAACUGCCAGCCUCGGCGGCUCUCCUCUACGCAAGAACACCAAGUCCUGUGCAUACUUCGGUGAUCCAUCAACCAGUCAGCGGUGCACGAUCGCCCAGGUCACCCGCGCAGCUGUACGUUCCCGAAACGACCUCGUACCCUGAGACGGAAAGUUUUCAAUAUCCUUAUCCUCAUCCGGCGAUGCACCUCGACACGACCAGCGCUCUAAACCUAUCUCGUGGUCGACGCGCUCAAUCGCCGUUUGAAUUAUCAUCCGGCAGCGGAGACGAAGGUCCGCAAUUGGUGGUCAGCUCGCAGAAUCCAGCAGCUAACAACAGUCUACCUCACAAGCUGAGGCACAAGUCGCGUAUCGGCGACAAGGACGCGGCCAGCGCGUUACUCGCGCUUCAGGGUAUCAAACAAGAACCGGGACCCAGAGCGUCACCACCAUGGGACAACGAAGGUUCAAGCGACGAGCGUGACUCGGGCAUUUCCUUGGGCGCCGAAUGGACCGGCCCCAGCGUGUCUACCGUUCCUGAGAGCGAGAGGGAAGUGAAAUCGAGGCUGGACCGUCUCGCCUCCGAGGUUGCCUCCCUUCAGUCGAUACUCCGUAUCGGCAAGCCGACGGAGAGCAGUCUGGUCACGGGACACGCGUUACCCGCAAACGCCACAGUCAAUGGGCCGUGAAAGAGAUCGUCGUAUCCUCUUGGUGGCUUUUUCGCAGCGAGCGAGCCAACUGUCCAACGCGUUGCUCCUCGAGUUGUACCAGGUUAAGUGCGACGGUGAUCAACACGACGGCAAUUCCUCAUAUCGCAUCGAACACGGGGGAGACAAGAAAUAGAAAGUACUCCUCGAUCGCUGGUUACACGCGCACGAACGCUUCAACGAGUGUAGCGAUUGUUGUUAGUUGGUAGAAGGAAAUAGCGAUCAGACGAUCGUCGCUUGAUCUCGUUCUUUCGUCGUAAAUUGAAGAGCGAGUAAA